UUUUUUUAAAGGCAAGCGUGGCAUACGACAAGGGGAUCCAAUGUCCCCUUUGCUUUUUGUCUUAUGCCUCGAAUAUUUCUCUCGCCUCCUCACAAUGAGGACUAAGCAGGGGAGUUUCAACUUCCACCCACAAUGUUCGUCUCUUGGUAUUACGCAUUUAGCCUAUGCAGAUGACCUAAUGCUCUUCUCGAGAGGUGACACAUAUUCCAUAAGAAUACUGGUUGAUGCUCUCAAGGAGUUUGGGGAUGUAUCCGGGCUUAGGGUAAACCAUGACAAAUCCAACAUCUUUGUUGGAGGGGUGAGGGACUUGGAAUUACAAAACAUCUUGGAUCUCGUUGACUAUGGGCAAGGCACGUUCCCGGUUAGAUACCUUGGAAUCCCCCUUGCCCCCUUAAAGGUCUCGGUUGCACAGUAUGCACCUCUAAUUGAAGUGAUCCAGGAUUUCCUAAAUGCUUGGAACACAAAAACAAUAUCCUAUGCUGGGAAGAUUGAGCUAAUUCGGUCGGUAAUCCAAGGAGUACAAUCAUUUUGGCUCCAAGUCUUUCCGGUCCCCCAAGCUAUUUUGGAUAGAAUCGUUUCCAUUUGUAGGAUUUUUUUAUGGGGAGGGAAGUUUGCAAAAGUCGCAUGGGAUGAUAUAUGCCUACCAAAGGCCGAAGGUGGGCUAGGUAUCCAUAAUGCGAAAGUUUGGAACCAUGCACUCCUUUCACGCCUUAUCUGGGACGUUCAUAACAAAAAAGAUACCUUAUGGGUUAAGUGGGUCAAUGGUGUCUACCUCAAAGGUAGAAGUGUGUGGGACUUUGUCCCACACAGCCGGGAUUCCCAACUAAUGAAGAGAUUGGGUCUAAUUAGAGACAAACUGAAGGGAUGUUUUAACAAUCUAAAUGAUACCAUCCUUGGCCUCAAUUCAAGGGCCAUAAAUGGGAAAUUAAUCUCUGGAAAAAUAUAUGAUCUUCUAAGGGUAAAGGGUGUGACUAGGACUACAAUGAACUUCAUUUGGAAAUCCUAUGUCCCCCCGAAGUUUUCCUUUAACGUAUGGUUGGCUUUGCGAAACCGGCUUCCUACACAGGAUAACCUCGGUUACUUAUAUAUUGUCAACAGGUGUGAUAUGUGUAAGGGUGGAUUGGAAACAAUUCCACACCUAUUUUUUCAAUGUCUUUUUGCAGGUAGGGUAUGGACUCAAAUUAGAAAUUGGAUGGGUUUUGGCCACCAAAUGACCACCCUUUUGAGCUCAAUAAAGUGGAUCAUGAAGGAACAUAAAGGCUCAAGGCUAAAGGCGAAGGCGGCAAGAUUGGCGUUCUGUGCCACGGUUUACUACGUUUGGCGGGCUAGGAAUGCGUGUAGAUUUGAUGGAAGCAUGCCAAAGGAAGAAGAGAUCGUCGUGAAGAUAAAGCAUGUGGUGUACAAAAUAUUGUACUCUCUAUACCCACAUGACUUGAUUGGAUUUUGAAGUUUGGACAUGUGAGAGAACAUUAGGGAGGCCGCGGCAUACGACUUGGACUUUAAUGGUUGCAACCCGCAACACCAUGGCUAUUUUUUU